AUGAGUACGAAGCUCCAAGGUCGAGAAUUCGGAAGCGAACGCUGUCUGCGUGAGAGAGUUGUCGAUUUGCGAUUUCAUCGACUCUGGAAAUCACCUUGGUCACCAUCAAAGCUUGCUCUCUCUCUUCUUUGCUACACCAUCGUCGUCGUCGUCAUCACUUCAUCUUCACACAUCACACAAUGGACGCCCUCGUUUACCGAAAGUGAGCAUCAAUCACACACUCGUCCCGUCAGCAGCAUCUUCGGGUCCACUCGCAACGCGUGUCUCACCGGCUCUUGUAGCGAGAACGGCCUCGAGCAGACAAGGCCGAUCGAAAGGAAACGCAUGAUGGUAGAUCAAUGCGGAAGGAGGACUUUUGAGACUGACAAUGGACUUCUGAUGGCUGGCUUCUUUUGUUACGAACAGGAACACCGUCCCUCAGCGACAGCGCGCUCUUCAGGCCGACCCUCGACCGGUCUUCCAGCGUCUCCCGCGCUCGCGCCUUUACAUGGGUCUCUUCAUGACCCUCUUCGGCGUCGGAAUGUACGGUACCACCGUCGGCUUCUACAACAUGGCUGUCGUACGUAUCUCCUUCGCUUCUUCAAUUUCGUUUGCGGUAUCUAUGUGACGAUGUAG